UAUUAAAGCAGCUUGAGUGAGCAUAGCAGGUACAGAUCAGCCACAGGAAUGGUUUGUGAAAUGACCAGACUUUAAACAUCAGUGCGGAGCUAGGCAGGACAAAUUCUUAUCCACAAUUGUGUUUUAACAGGACAAAGGCUUCUUCAAUCUGGCAGUACUGAACCAACAAGAUGAUUUGGAUACUUCAGCUGUUGUUUUCACCUCUCCCAACUCCUGCUUUAAUUGGUCUUGUAACUUUUGGAACAACAGUCUUCCUGUGGUUGAUAACAAAACCCAAACCAAUUGCAGCUCCUGUUGACAUGAAUAAACAGUCUGUUGGCAUUGAGGGAGGAGCUAGAAGAAGUGUCCUUGUGCCUGAAGGCAAGCUUCUUUCCUACUACUAUGAUGAUGCAAAGACCUUGUAUGAAAGUUUCCGAAGAGGACGUUAUGUAUCGGAAAAUGGCCCUUGUUUAGGAUACAGAAAAUCAAAGCAACCCUAUCAGUGGCUGUCUUACCAACAGGUGCUUGACAGAGCUGAAUACCUGGGCUCAGGCCUCUUACACAAAGGAAGUAAACCUUCAUCAGAACAAUUCAUUGGCAUCUUUGCUCAGAAUAGACCAGAGUGGAUCAUCUCCGAGCUUGCAUGUUAUACUUAUUCCAUGGUUGCAGUUCCCCUUUAUGACACUCUGGGCCCAGAGGCAAUUGUGUUUAUUAUUAAUAAAGCUGACAUCUCUGCAGUGGUCUGUGACAAACCUGACAAAGCACAGUUGAUCCUUGAGAACUGCGAACAAGGGAAGAUGCCAGGAUUGAAGUUGAUCAUUCUGAUGGAUCCUUUCGAUGACAAACUAAAGGAAAAAGGAGAUACACUGGGAGUUGAAAUCCUUUCAUUACAAAAAAUUGAGGCGCUAGGAAGAGACAACUUAACCAGACCAAUUCCUCCCAAACCAAAGGAUCUUUGUAUGGUCUGUUUCACCAGUGGCACAACAGGUAAUCCUAAAGGAGCCUUGCUAACACAUGAGGGUGUUGUUGCCAAUGCUGCUGCUUUCAUGAAGAGCAUGGAAAUGACUACUCCUUGUGUGCCAUCAGAUAUAGCUAUAUCAUACCUUCCUCUAGCUCACAUGUUUGAGAGAGUAGUAGAGACCGUAGUGUACAGCAGUGGAGCAAAAGUAGGAUUUUUCCAAGGAGAUAUUAGACUUCUAACGGAUGAUAUGAAAGCUUUGAAGCCGACAAUUUUUCCGGUAGUGCCAAGACUGCUCAACAGGAUAUAUGACAAGAUACAAAGCGGUGCCCAAACAAACUUCAAGAAGUUAUUGUUAAAUGUUGCUGUGGCCAGGAAGCAUGCUGAAGUGAAGGAGGGCAUUUUACGGAACACAAGCAUUUGGGACAAGCUAGUGUUCAAGAAAGUUCAGGAAAUCAUGGGUGGGAAGGUGCGAAUAGUCGUAACUGCAGCUGCCCCGAUAUCUUCAUCUGUCUUAACAUUCCUCAGAGCAGCUUUUGGAUGUCAAAUUUUUGAAGCAUACGGUCAGACAGAAUGCACAGGUGGCUGCACCUUCUCAUUGCCAGGAGACUGGAAAACAGGUCAUGUUGGACCACCACUAGCCUGCAACAUUGUAAAACUUGAUGACGUUGCUGAAAUGAACUACUUUGCAUCAAAUAAUGAAGGGGAGGUUUGCAUUAAAGGACCAAAUGUAUUCAAGGGGUACUUGAAGGAUCCUGAGAAAACAGAAGAAGCACUUGAUAAGGAUGGAUGGCUUCAUACUGGAGAUAUUGGGAAAUGGAUGCCGAAUGGGACAUUGAAGAUCAUUGACAGAAAAAAGAACAUUUUCAAACUAGCUCAAGGAGAAUAUAUUGCCCCUGAAAAAAUUGAAAACAUCUACAUCAGAAGUGCUCCUGUAGCACAGAUCUAUGUGCAUGGGGAUAGCCUCCAGUCCUUCUUGGUGGGUGUGGUGGUUCCUGAUGUAGAGACCCUUCCGGAGUUUGCUGCCAAGUUGGGAAUGAAAGGUUCAUAUGAAGAACUCUGUUCAAAUGCAGCAGUGAAAAAAGCUAUAUUGAUGGACUUGGUGAAGCUGGGGAAAGAAGCUGGCCUCAAAUCCUUUGAACAAGUGAAAGAUAUCUAUCUUCAUCCAGAGAUGUUCACAGUUGAAAACGGACUCUUGACACCAACACUAAAGGCAAAGAGAACAGAUGUAUCCAAAUUCUUCAGGAGCCAAAUUGAUGCCCUCUAUGUUUCUAAUACAUAAGCAGGACAAAGGCAACCUCGGCUAAAUGUGUUUACAAUGGACUAUGCAAGCACAUGCUACGCACUAAAUAGCUGGCAAAUGAAUGACGAAAAUAAGACAACUUAAAUGUCAUUUUCUGUUUAAAGAAAAACAUGGUUGGCUAAUGUAAUACAAUGUUGCACUGCCUGAUGUAUAUAAAAAAAUAUGGCUAAGGUAUUCAACUGGAGCAGGCCAACUUGUAUUGUUUGAAACAACAGGGGCAGCUGUCUGAUGACUUCACAACGUUGUAUAGCCCUAAUUACAAUGAAAAGACCUUGAUGGCUUGGAUAGAUGGAAUAUAAACCUACUGUUCUUGAGGUUGGAAUAACUGUAUGGGAAAGUAACAAGCUCGCAAAGCUUCUGAUGUGUUAAGAGACUGUAAUGUAAUUGUACUAGCCUGAUUGAGCUAGUAUGAUUAAACAUAUAAAUUAAUCUGCUCCCUACUCAGUGGCUUACCCCCUAACAGGGACAUGUAAUAUAGUGUGAUGUGCUCAGUGCCUUUAUUUGUACAGACAUGUACUCUAGACUUGUAUAAUAUCUUUUGAACAAAGCCAUGCAUUUCAUCAUUCUAUAAUGGGCACUCAAAUAUACUAGCAUCAAAUGUACAUACACUUUUUAAGGUUAGGAUAUGCAAAUUCUGCUAAGGUGCAAGUUGAUUGUAUUCCUCCUGGCUGAAAGAAAAAUGGAUGUGAAAAAUAAAAAUAAGCACUUUCUGAA